AGUAAAUGGUUUCGUUGUGUUUAGAGUAAGGAAUGGGGGACAAGAAGAAGAAGGCUCAAAUGUUUGUAAAACUAGUGUCUGCUGCUGGGACUGGAUUUUUCUAUGUGAAGAGGAAGCCAAGGCAGUUCACAGAGAAGCUCGAGUUUCGCAAGUACGAUCCAAGGGUUAACCGCCAUGUUCUCUUUACAGAGGCUAAGAUGAAGUGAUACACCACCUUUCAGUUUCAUUUCCAUGAUCAGGGCUCCAUUCUUGUAGCUGGAACAAUUUAGUACUGUUUUCUUUGAAACAGUGAGUUUGAAUCAUGCCAAUCUGUGUGUUUUACUUCUCUGCCUUGUGUACAUUUUCCUUAACUUUUUGAAGGUCUAGAUUUGGUAUUAUCUUCUAGUUUGAUGUUUGAAUCUUGUUCAAUGGUGAUGGAUUUAUUCUCCCAUUUUCUUUAAGACAAACAUGUAAAAUCAGAGAAUCUAGUUCUUGUGGAUUUUGAACACAAAUAGCACUGAGUAUACUGUGCAAAGAAAAUGAAUGAUUUGCUUACCGGAAUA